CUAGCGUCGUGUCGAGGCCCGGGCCGCGCGGCGUGCAGUGCUGCCCCGACCAGCCGCAGCAAUGCACCGGUGACGCCCUACUAUGGCCGCGGGCAGCCCGCGCUAGUUUUACAGCAGCCAUGCGCAUCGGGCUGGCAUUCGUGCUCCUCCUCGGCACGAGGGCCCAGCUCGAAAUCCGAGUCGACGACCGCACCGUUAUAUAUAAUGGCGGCGCGAACUACACCGCUUCACUUCAAUUCUGCGACCAGCACAACAUUCCGGACGCGGACGCGUGCGCGUGGGAUAUACUGCAAACGAGCGGCGCCACCAAUGGCCAACUGAUCCAGGAGGCCUGGGCUUUAUUACCAGACGCCUACGUUGACGUGAAACAAGCGCGCGCCACCGUAUCCGAGCUGCAACGGCGCGUCUCCUCGUUGACACCGUUCGCGCUCGACGAUGAUAGCGUGCCCGUCCUCCAGCCGCACUGGCGGCUGGCCUUCUCCGGCGGUACUGGUGAUGAAGUCUCGUCCAUUUUACGAGGCUGGGGCCGCCUCUAUUCGCAUGCUUUGUUCCAUGCGCUCGCGGAGCCUCACGUACGUCGCAGCAGACCUAAGGUUGGGUUCGCGUCCUCUUGGUUCUGCAACUCCGCUAUUGGGCGGCUGUACACGGGAUUACUGGAAAAGAUCGAUAAAUCAAAGUUCGACGUCUACGUCUUCCACGUGCGGGAGCCCUCCGGGCGUUUAAAAAGAGACUUCUUCACGGACGCCAUCGACGCGGUGAGUACUUCACAAGUGCUACCGAGGGAUUUGAGUGAAGCCCGGGCCAUCAUCGCCUCAAGUCAAUUGGAUAUUCUGGUGUUUACGGACAUUGGGAUGGAGCCUUUUACUUAUGCUCUAGCUUUCAGUCGGUUCGCCCCGAUACAAUGCGUCUUCUGGGGCCACCCGACGACGUCCGGUAUUCCCGGCCACGCGAUUGAUUAUUACGUCGUCAUGGACGCCGCCGAGGACGACCGAGGGUAUUCUAGAUAUGCGGAGCAAUUAGUACGAUUAGAUACAUUAGGAGCGUUCUACUUCAGUAACGAGAGCGGCCAGUACCGUCCUUCGAAAAAACGCGAGGACUAUGCGCAGGAAAUGGAUUUGCCUUCUUCAGGACAUAUCUACGCGAUCCCGCAGCACUGCCUCAAGUUCCAUCCAAUGUUCGACGAGGCUUUGGUGAAAAUUCUCGCGUUGGAUCGGGACGCGAUACUCGUCGUCAAGAACUGCAGUACGUCCAUAAGAGUGGAGGAGCGUCUCGCGAAAAGCAUUGAUAUUAGUGGAAGAAUCAUCCGCGUCCCGCAGCUCUCGCUCCAAGAUUAUGUGAGGCUCUUCGGCGGGUCGCAAGUCGCGCUCGAGACCUUCCCCUUUGGGGGGUCCAUUACCUCGUUAGAUGCGUUCGAGGGAGGCACGCCCGUCGUUUCUAUGAAACAAUUCCGAGGAAGGCCGGCGCUGACUGUCGCGCUCUACGACAUCAUGGACGUAUCCUGCUGCGUAGCAGAUGGAAUAGACGACUACGUCCAAAGGGCCGUGCGCAUCGCGUCGGAUCCUUCCCUCCGGUCAUCGAUCCGCUCUUCAUUGGAUGCGGCGCGCUUCCGCCUCUACGAGUCCAUUGACGCCGUGUUGGAGAUCGAGGCCUUCUUCUCCAGAAGUCUUAAGUUGUUAUAACAUUACGCGCC